CGGCAACUUUGCGGAUAUAAAGGGAUUUUAGUUUGUUUUGCCAAUUUGUAUGAUUUAUAUUUUGCGAAAUUAAUAAAGUAAAUAAAAUGCAGGUCUGUCCGUACGGUGAGAAAUGUUAUCGGAAAAAUCCUAUCCACUUUUCUGAGUAUUCACAUGCGCACCUUGAUGCUAUUUACGCUAAAGGCUCUGAAGCAGGCAACAAUGGGUAUGAUAUACCUCCUAAGUAUUCCACCGAGUUGAUUAACAUACAGCUAAAGCUGCUAGAGAAGGUGUUUCCCAAGGAAACUCAAAAGCAGUCAGCUGGUCCAGCUCCAACAACAUCAUCUAAACAGCCAACAACAUCUGUUAAACAGCCAACAACAUCUGCUUCAACCACUAGCCGCGCGUGUUCAAGUGGCAACAGUAAGGGUAGUAGCAGUAGUAGCACGAAUGACACCUCUAAUCUUGCCAAGAAACAAAAGCUUACCGAGCGGAAUAUACGCGACUACAUUCCGGUCGUGGUCGAAGGACGGAUGGCUGAUAAACUAGCGGCUGCGGCGCCAUAUAACAUGUUCCUUACCGCCAUUACGGAUUCUAAGCCAACACAUAAGGAGCCGCUGAGCGUAACGCUCCAGGAAAUUCUCGAUGAAAGUAUGGGCGAGAUUGAGUCCACUGUACAAAUCAAUUUUAUGGUCGAUAUAGGCUGGUUGCUUGGACAUUACUACUUCGCUGGCAUUCUCGAUAAACCCUUAUUGGUGCUCUAUGGCGAUGAAUCACCCGAGCUACUGGGCAUAGGCAAAUUCAAGCCGCAGGUUACGGCCAUCAAAGUGAAUAUGCCCACGCCAUUUGCCACAUCGCAUACCAAAAUGAUGCUGCUAGGCUAUGCAGAUGGAUCGAUGCGCGUGGUGAUUUCCACUGCAAAUUUAUACGAGGAUGACUGGCACAAUCGCACGCAAGGUCUAUGGAUUAGUCCACGUCUGGAUCCAUUACCAGAGGGUGCAGAUACGGCCGCGGGUGAGAGUCCCACUGGCUUUAAGCAGGAUCUAAUGUUGUACCUAGUGGAGUACAAGCUAACACAACUUCAGCCCUGGAUAGCACGCAUACGAAAGUCGGACUUCAGUGCGAUCAACGUAUUCUUCAUUGGCUCUGUGCCUGGCGGGCAUCGAGAAAGCACCACCCGUGGCCAUCCUUGGGGACAUGCGCGUCUCGGUUCGCUUCUAGCCAAACAUGCGGCGCCAGUUGAUGAUCGUAUACCCGUCAUCUGCCAAAGUUCCAGCAUUGGUAGUUUGGGUGCCAAUGUACAGACCUGGAUACAGCAGGAUGUUUUAAACAGUCUUCGCAAGGACUCAUCGCCUCUGGGCCGAUUGCGUCAAUUGCCACCCUUCAAGAUGAUAUAUCCAAGUUUUGGUAACGUGGCCUCCAGCCACGAUGGUAUGUUAGGAGGCGGCUGCUUACCGUAUUCCAAAAAUACCAACGACAAGCAGCCCUGGCUGAAGUCUUAUCUGCAGCAGUGGAAAUCCAGUGAUCGGUACCGCUCUCAGGCCAUGCCGCACAUUAAAAGCUAUACACGUUUUAACUUAGAGGAGCAGUGCGCCUAUUGGUUUGUUCUGACCUCGGCGAAUUUAUCGAAGGCCGCCUGGGGCUCCUUCAACAAAAAUUCCAACAUUCAGCCCAUUUUGCGCAUAGCUAAUUAUGAAGCAGGGGUUCUAUUCCUACCCAGAUUUGUGACUGGCGAGGAUACUUUUCCUUUGGUCAAUGCACGCGAUGGUAUUCCUGCAUUUCCUCUACCCUACGAUGUCCCAUUAACCCCCUAUGGUCCAGAUGAUACACCAUUCCUAAUGGACUAUUUGCAUACAUAAAUAUUUGUUGUAUUUGAGUUCUGUUAUAUAAUAUAACGAAUCCAAUUGAUAUUAAAGUUCAGUGAGAUUAUAAACAUCAA